AUGAGUGAUGCGGAAUCUUCUGGUGAUUAUUUAGACCAACUUAGUCAAAUUACCAUAACAUUAGAAUCUUCUGUCAAAAAUUUACAUCAACUUAUGAUGAAAGAAACUAAAAAGAAAAAGACAUAUGAUUGGAUUACUCAACACAAUAGUAUUAAUAAUCAUAAAAAAGUAUCUAUGGUAAAUUUAGCAAAACGUUUGCCUGAAUUAAGUAUAAAAACAAAACAAAUUAAUAAAUUAAAGGAUACUGAAGAUACAAGUGAAGAAAGUAAAAGUUACAGUAGCAAUACUACUGGUAUUCGAGGUGUACAAUUAUUUAUAAAAACUAUUGAAAACAAAAAAAGAAUAAUAUUUGGUAAUGUAGCAUAUUUAUUCGAAAAUGAUUCUAAAUAUAAAUACUUUCGUAUAAAUGUUUUAAAUACAAAAUUAAUGAAAUCAAUUAUAUUAUGUUGUCGUGAUAAAAAUAAUUUUAUGAUACUUGAAAAAGAAAAUUAUACAUAUAUUAAAGUAAACCCUGAAGCAGCUACUGAAAAAUUUAAUUUAAUAAAAAGAUUUGUAGUUAAAUUUACUGACAAAAUAGAAGCAAGAAAUGUUUAUAAGUGUAUUAACAGUGUAUGA